CUCCAGUUUGUUCAGUAACGUCACUAUUUUGACAUUUUUAAGUAUUUUUACUUCACAAUGGCAACCCUCUAUUCACGAUUUUAUUUUGUUUAUGUUUAGUGUUGUUUUCUCGUUUUAAAAACUCUUAUAAAAAUUUUAGUUUAGCAAUUAUGAAGGAUCAGACAAAGACCGAUAAACUUAAGUUAAUAGAUGCACAAACAUUCGAAAGACUGCUUGAACAAGAUGAAAAGACUAACAAGAAACGCAUUAAAAAUCCAAAGUUCGUUAAAACACGAUGUGAAUUUAAUUUGCUGCAUUACUUAAAGCCGCCAAAACUAUCAAGAGCUGAGAGGAAAUUAAAAUUUAGAAAAGUGACAACACGUAAGUAUAAUAUUCCGUUUAAACAACGUGGAAAAGUUCCAGAGGGUGGGCCCAAAAAAAGUAUAUCUCGUUUAAAAAAAUACAUAUUGCUGCAAAGGAAAUUAAGAAAGGAAUUGCUUGAACAACAAGAUAAAAAAAAUGAAAAUUUGGAUGAACUUAUAGAAGGUGUUGAAAAUCUAAAUUUGCUACCAGCAAAACCUUUACCAAAUACAUCAACUCUUCAUUCUCGAAGCUUCCGUAGCUACUGCGACAAUUGUACAACACCACAAUUAGGUAAACUCACUGAUAACCUUUUAAGGCAAUUAAAUAAAUUCCAAAGACAAAAAUUUGCUCAAAAUGAGAUUAAGGCGAGAGCUCACAGAAGAUUUGUUGUCGGUUUCCGGGAGGCGCAAAAUUAUAUACGCAUAAAUAAAGUUAAACUUCUUGUUAUAGCACCGGAUUGUGAACAAAUUCCUGGAGAAGGUGGCUUAGAUGAUAUGAUAAAUAGUCUUAAGAUGCAAUGUCAGAGCCAACAAGUUCCUUAUGUGUUUUCAUUAAAGCGUCGUGAGCUGGCUUACACUCUAUACAAAAAGGUUCCAGUCAGUUGUGUUGCAAUCUUAGAUUACGAUGGAGCACGUGAGAUAUUUACGGAAUUAUUAAAUGCUUUAAAGGAAGCUAGGCAAUUGUAUGUAGAAAAAGAAACGACUAUUGAUGAAGAAAAAUAACAAAAGCAGUCAAGUUAUUGUGCAGUAAAAUUAGUUUAUUUAACAUUAAAGGUGCUCGUACUGAUAAUUUACUUGUAAACAAAAUACAUACAUAUAUUUUAAAAUAAAUGUUACAAAAUUAA